CCUCUAUUCGACGGGAUACCAUGAAUCCAGGAUAUUCAAAAACAGCCGCAUUGAACCUGGAGAAAAGUUUAUCGAAACUCAAAGGCGAAGUCAAUAUAGCUACAUUCGCUCAUCUGUUUGUGGAAUUGGUCAAAUACUCAAUGCGUAAUGUAUCUACAAUGGAUGCUGUUCAAAAACGACUGGCUGAUUUUGGACGUCUUGUGGGUGUGCGUAUGGUCGAUUUGGUCUAUUCCCGAGAGAAACCGCAAAGACGGGAUAUACGUCUGUGCAAUGCGCUACUGUUCUUAAAAAGCACAUUCUGGAAAAGUUUGUUCGGCAAAGAGGCCGAUGAAUUGGAACGAGACGGAGACGAUGAGAACACAUUUUACAUGAUUGAACAGGAACCGGUUGUAAAUCGAUUUACCCGAUUCGUCUAUGAUGAGAAAGAGGGAAAGCGUGCGGGUGCUCCGGUUCCUCUGAAUAUGGCCACAUUCAAUGCCGGUAUCGUUGAAGCUUUCCUCACCAGCACUGGCUUCGUAAGUUCCCCUGUUGUUUCGUGUUAA